GGAGGCGGACGAGCCGGGCGGCGCGGCGACGCGGCUGGCUGACCCGCUGGGCCGCCGCCAGCGCCGGCCGCUGGCCGAGCUGACGCCGCACGCCGUGAGGCAGCGUCUCCAGCAAAAGCUGGGGGAGCUGCGGCUGGCCCAGUCCGGUCACGUGGCGGCGCGUGACCGGGCGCUGGACGACCUCGUGUCGGGCCAGUCGGAGAUUGACCGGCUGGAGCGCGAGGCGCCCCGCGCCUUCCGAAGAUACCAGUACUACCAAGAUAUCCGUGGGUAUGUCACAGAUCUGAUAGAGUGCUUUGACGAAAAGAUGGCGCUGAUCGAAGAGUUAGAAGGACGUAUGCUGGAAGUGCUGCGUGCACGCUCCCAGAAGCUAAUAUUGCGGCGCCGCGCUGAUGUGCGUGACCAGCGAAUGGAGCUGGACAGCAGCACACAGCGGGCCGGGGUGCACUACUCGGAGCAGAGCGCCGAUGAGGUGGCCUCGCGGCGUCGGCGGGCGGCCGAACGCGAGGGUCGCCGCACGCGGCGGCGACGUGCCCGCGAGCUGUCGGCUUCUGGCGGCGCUGACCAUCCAGACGGCCUCAGCUCCGACGACGAGACGGCCGCCACCGACGGCGACCAGUUCCAGAAGGACAGGGACGCCGUGCUGCAUGACGCCGCCGCCGUCAUGGCCGACGUGGAGGAGGACUUCAGCACGCUGGCAGGCGUGUGCCGGCACUUUGUCGAGUGGCGUCGCAUUGACGCGCAGGCGUACCGCGACGCCUACGUCAGCCUGUCGCUGCCGCGCGCCCUGGCGCCGCUCGUGCGCCUGCAGAUGCUUGCCUGGAACCCGCUGGCCGAGGGGGAAUGUCCGGAGCUGGAGAGUCACGCCUGGUUUGCCGAGCUGGUGGUGUUCGGCGCCGACCGUGCAGCUGACUCCGAGGAGGCGCUGCGCGACGACCCCGACUGUCUGCUGGUGUCGCGCGUGCUCGAGCGCGUCGUUCUGCCCAAGAUGACCGCGCUGGUGGACCAGGUGUGGGACCCGAUGUCGAACGCCCAGACGCUGCGGCUGGUGCACCUGGUGCGCCAGCUAGUGCGGGACUAUCCGACUGUGAGCGGCACCAGCGGCCAGCUGCGCCGACUCCUGCAGGCCGUCGUCACCGCCUUCAAGGCCAGCAUCAAGGACGACGUCUUCGUGCCGCGCUUCCCCAAACAGGUGCUAGAGAGCCGCUCCACGCCGGCCGCCGCCUUCUUCUACCGCCAGUUCACCAGCUGCGUCAAGCUGCUGGGCAACAUGCUGAGCUGGACGGAGCUGCUGGGCGACGCGUGCCUGCAGCAACUGGCGCUGGGCGAUCUGCUCAAUGACAGCAUGCUGCUGCCGCUGACGCUGGUGCCCGACCCGGUCGAGGCCGUCAACAAGUGCAAACUGGUGGCCAGCGCGCUGCCCCGCGCCUGGUUCCAGGGCGACGCCUCCCUGCCGCAGCUCAACAUGUUCGUCAGCUACCUGACCAUGCUGGCCGUCCAGCUGAACAAGACGGCCAGCAAAACCACGCCGCUGAAGGCCAUCGUCGCCAUACUGAAGAAGGUGGGCGCCACCGAGGCCCACAGCAAGGUGUCGGCCAUGCUGGAGUGAGGGAGCGUCUGCGGUGUGCCGGCUUGGCGCCCCCCCCCCCCCCCGUGUCACCGCCGGGGGAG